AACUCUUAGGACUCCGUUCAGGGCUCCGCUCAUUCAAAAAAGGGCCUUCGGCUCUGCUUUGCAGCUUCGUACAUACAACCACCCACCGUCGGACGGACAAAACAUUGGGCCAGAGUUUGCCGCCAACCAGAGACGCCACGAGCAGAAGUUGACGCAGGAGUCGCAAACAGCAAUUGAAAACAAGCUCCAGCGCAUCGAAAAGUACAAGGCUCUCUUUUUUGGGUUCCUCGCGCUUGGCGGGAUCUUGGUUGGCUACGACGUAUACCUCAAGUUUCCCGCCUACAGGCGCCGGGUGGAGGCCAUUUUUGGGAUUGUGGACGAGCUUGCAGACUCCAAAGCAAAGUCUGUGCUCGAUUUCAAGUCGGCCAAGCGUGCGGCCGCCGAAAUUCCACUAGUGGUCAACCCGAACCUGUCGCAGGUCCCGGGGUUGUACUUGUGGGGAGACAACUCGGAUGGAAUGUUAGCCGCCGAGGAUAUGGAUGCCGCCACUGCUGACUCCACCGCAAUCAGAUUCCCCAUGAGAAUGAAGUUUUUUGACAACCUUUUGAUCCGCGACGUGCUUUUGUCGCGCCGCUCCAACGUGAUAAUUGACUCUAAGGGCGACGUCUACCAAUGGGGCAAGACGUACGGGUCUGAAACCCCAGUGAAAGUCUUGAAGGGCUGGAAGGUGCAAAAGGCGGCAAUCAGCAACGGUGUGAUCUACCUUUUGCGUGGCAACGGUGAGAUCGUGUUCAUGCCCGAGUUGUUGGCUGAUCAGAAAGCGUUCCACAGCGACCAGUACCGCCGGAACUGGCACUUUGGCUCAUCCGAAUUGCCGUUCUCAAGACUCAGCGGGCAGUUUCAGGACAUUGCUGCUGGGAAGAGCCAUCUCGUGGCGCUCUCCGUCGAUGGAAGGGUGUUCACCGCGUCUACCGGGCUAGCCGACGAGGACCUUGCUCAGAGAAAGAACAAGGGUCAGUUCGGGGUGCCAUUUAUCACCCAGUUCGACCCGUUGCCGGCGCCGAACCAGUUGCACGAGGUGGCGUUACUCAGUCACAUCCGCCAGAAGAACAGAGUGCAACGUCGUCAUAUCACGAAGAUCGCGGCCGGGAACAAUCACACGCUCGCACUCGACGAGUUUGGUGAAGUGUGGUCCUGGGGUUUGAACACGUACGGCCAGUUGGGCCAGUUGGUUAACUAUAAUUCGGAAAUUAUCCCUGUCCCGAAGAAAAUCACCCUCAAGGGCCACUUCAAGACGGGCAUAUACCCGGUUGCGACUGACGUUUACGCGGGGGGCAACUUCUCGUUUGCCAAGUACCAGGCAAAGGACAUUAACCGCUUUUUUCAGCAGAGCCGCAACGGCGCAGAAGCCGCUCCCGAGGAGGAGAUGACUGACUUUUACUUUGCCUUCGGUAACGGUAUCAACGGGUCCUUGGGGAUUGGGAAGUACGUGCACUCGCAGGCCGAACCCGCGAAGAUCAAGCUUUUGAACGAUAUGAAGGAGUACAAUGAAGCGGUUCAGGAAGUGGUUUCGGUUCCGGUUAGAAACUGGUCCGUCGGACUGAAUCACGUGAUAACGACCUUGCACAACUCUUUGAACAAUGCCACUGACAACGAUGUCUUGGUAUGGGGUGGCAAUGCGUUUGGUCAGUUGGGUAACGGGAAAAAGACCCAGGCGUGUAAGCCAGUGUAUGUGCCGACGUUGCUCGAACCAGACACUGGUGAAUCCACCGAUACGGCCCGGAUGCUCAGAUUGAACAAUAUCAACAACUCCAGGUUGCAGAUUGGGGUGCGUGGUAAGGCAGAACAGGUGGUUGUUGCGGGUGAUAACAAGUCCGCGUUGUUCUACAGAGCCUGAUUUGUUGAUUUCUUGUAAAUAGCCUAAGAAUGCAAUCUAAAAGCCUUGUUUUUUGUACACAAAGAGAGGGAUAAAAUAUAUAUCAGGCUGAAGAGGUUUGAAUGAGGCAUAAUGGAGUAUCUGAGAGGGGUAAGAUUACGAUUAGUAUCAAAAGAAAUGAAGUUUAUGAAGGUCUGGGCGUGUACCACGCAAGAAGGCAUGAAGCUGUAAAGGAUAAAUAUUGAUUGAGGGGCUAUAGGGUAUCUGGAGUUUCUGGAUAAAAAUCGUGGUGAUGAAAUCAAUGUGGUUUGGGGUCGUUUAUCAGUGCACUGUGAAAAUACAGGUUUUACAAGCCGUAUAGCUGCGCAUUACACUUAAAG